CCAACAUGGCGACGGUGCUCAAAGGUGUCGCUUGCCUCGUCGCUGGGGGAGCCAAUGGCUUAGGUCGUGCGACAGCGCAGAAAUUGGUUCAACAGGGCUGUAGAGUUGUCAUAGCAGAUCUACCAUUGAGUGAAGGAGACAAAGUCGCCAGUGAUCUUGGAGAAAAAUGUAUAUUUGUUCCUACUGAUGUGUCAUCAGAAAUUGAUGUGAAGCAAGCCAUUGAAACAGUUGUAGACAGGUUUGGUCCACUGCGUGUUGCAGUGAAUACUGCUGGUAUUGUAAAAAUUGCAAAGACGUUGUCAGAUGGGGGUGAGGUCCAUCCUCUUCAUACAUUUGAAGAAAUAUUGAAGAUCAACUUGACCGGAACAUUCAAUGUGACUCGACUCGCAGCGGAACAGAUGGCUACAAAUGAACCUGAUGAGGGUGGGGAGAGAGGAGUGAUUAUAAACACCUCCAGUAUUCAUGCGUAUGAUGGACAGUCUGGAAAAGUGGCUUAUUCGGCAACAAAAGGAGCUAUUAAUUCUAUGACACUUCCUAUGGCAAGAGAUCUGGGACAGCAUGGCAUAAGAGUGAAUGCAAUUGCACCAGGAAUGUUCUUAACUCCAAUGUUAACCAAAUCAAGACCAGAACCAUCAGAACAACAGAAGAUGGCUCAGAUUGUUCCAUUUCCCAAGCGCAUUGGAGACCCAACGGAGUUUGCGCAACUUGUACAAACAAUCAUUGAAAAUAAAAUGAUGAAUGGUGAAGUUAUUCGGAUUGAUGGCGGUGUGCGAAUGCCAUGAUUACGAACUCAGCUAACCUGAAAUGUUCGGGGACCACCUUCUGUUUAAGAAGAGGAAAGUUUGUAAGAAAUGACGGCAUUAGAUGUCAUUUACCUUUUGGACAACAACAACAACAACAAGCCUUUAUUUCAUCUCGAAUUUAAAACAGCAAAAAUAAACAUUUUGAUUCAAGUUAGUCAAGAAGAUCCAGAUCAGAGGUUUGUUUUCAAUAUGAUUACUAGUGAAUGCAACGAGAACUUUUAGUUUUAAUCAUAGGCUUGACAUCACGGGUGUAAAGUGCAAAGCGAUUUCUUGGAAAUUUUUCCUCUUUCGAGACAAGUUUCUACAAAUGAUAAGCUUCAAAAGCGACCCCCAAAAAACUUUGUUACACAUAGGAAUUUCUAAAUGGUAGUUAUAGUUUUAAUUUGGAGCAUUGUUUUAGCCUAUCAGUAACAGUAUGACCAAACAAGACAUGGUAAAUAAGACAAACAACAGAAUAUUCUCAAAUGUAUUCUUAAAAAUUACAACAAUAUGCUUUUUAAGCUAAAAUUAAAUAAGACAAGUUACCGUGCAUCAACUGUGGCGAGCCAGAUAGAUCUGCCUGCACUUCCAACAUCAAUUAAAGCAUUUGUUAGGUUCGUUUA